AACUCAGUGACCGUACAAGCGCGAUCGUAAAGGGGUUAUUUCGGUUAUUGCCGCGCUUUCAAAAACCGGAAAAUUUUUGAAAAAUUCUGUGCGAAUCGAGGAAAGUGCAUUGUGUAUGCCGCUACAACUCAAAUUCGGGUUUUGUCGUUGAUAGUAGCACCAGUGUUAUGUGACUUGUGAUUAUCGAAGAGUUCAGAGGAUUUUGAGAGUUGUGUUUCAGUGAAAUUCGUUGUUUUUAGUGUUAUGUAGAGGAUUGUUGGAUUUUAACCCCCCAGAGGGAUUCUUGUAUGGAUACCAGGAAACCAAUUAGUCAUUGAUACGUUUCAUGAAGAGCUGUACCUGAAUCGAGAAAGGUGCUAUUCAUCGAUGUUGGGCAGCCCUGCUGGUCCAGGGGCGCCCUCUCAAAGGGGGCUUUGGACAUCUGCACCACUUCCUUCUGCCACCGGGUAUACUGCUGAUGGAUUCAGCAAAUACGGCGUUUAUUCGCUCUUCCCCGGAGGCCCAACCUUUGGCAGCGCCCUCUACUCACAUGCCAACGCAUUCAGCCGUUUUACGUCAGGACAAUUCCAGCCCACACCAGGAAAUAUUUUUCAUGGAAGUCAUAAAGUUUCAGAUUCCCUGUUCUCGUCGACGGGCUACACCUUCGGGGUGCCAACCCCUCCACCAGGUUCCCCCUACUCCCCAAUACCCGUGGCCCAGCUCGAGCUCCUCACCAAGGGCAUAAACUCGAACAUCAUCAUCCAGCAGGCUUCCGAUUUCUCGCUCAGUCCGAAAAAGGUCCAGAUCUCAGCAGACAGAUCUCGUUGCGACGAGAAGUGCUGCAACGUCAAGCAGAAAUCCUGCCUUUGUCAGGAUGACUCAUCCCAGGCACUCAGGGGGAAGUUCACGAACGGCAGCUCGGGGUGCUCGAGGACCAACCCCAUCGAGUGGGGGUGCGUUAACGUCAAGAAGGAGCCGGGAAACCCGUGUCAGGUGGCGGAGAUCACCACCAGCAUCUCGCCGGUGAUCAAGGUCGAGGUUGCGUCGCCGAGGAAUGGGAUUGAUAAGCUGGCCAGCCCGAAUACUGGAAUUGCCAACGGUAACAUCCCGGUGGGGAUAGCCGUGGCCAGGCAGAGGAUCCAGCAGCCGGAGCUGAUCAACUCACCCUCCCUUCCCCCUGCCGGCCUGCUCACCACCGUGAACGCCGCCGGCCAGAUUAAGGAAAUUGCGAGGCUGUCAGAAAUCGAAUCGACGCAGGCUGACAUGGCUGCAAGUUUGACAGCAGGAGGAGCCGCAGGAGGAACGCUAUUACAAUGCUCGGAGGAUCGGAACACAGCAUUAGCGAGCUGGCCAAUAGGAGGCGCGCAAAGCUCCUCCCUCGCCACUCCCACUCUGUGGCAAUACCCCGCCCCCGUCCCCAUGGAAUCUAUGGUUCCACUUCCGGUACCUAUGCCUCCUGUAGGCUUUCAGUUAGUUCGAGAUCCCACAAGUGGAGGGUUAUUACUUCUGCCCACUACCACAAGCUUAGAACCUAUACAACAGCAGACGGUCGUUUGGCCUAGUUACACUCAGCAGUCCCCCUUACUGUUACCUCCCCUACCUCCUCCGCCACUGCAGCUACUGAGCUCGGCUACCUCAGAUUACCUUUCGAGCAGCGCGACUUUCCAUCAGCAAACACAAACACACAGUACCAGACUGUUGGCCGUUGCUACAGAUACCAAGAGAAAGAUCCCUUUACCUUCUACCACACUGAUAAAGAUAGAAGCUGAUGCGUCUUCUCUCGAUCAAACGAAGACUAUCAGUUCCAUGUCGGGCACUUCUGGUGCUAUGUUCUCUGACCCAAGCAUAGCACCCCUUGUAACAACUCACGUUAUUUACCAGCACCCUCCUAACCUGAUAUUAUCCCAACCUCAACCAGUGGAAACUUCUUGCAAAUCUCAGGUGACGUCGCCGAUACCUUGUUUGACACCACCACCGGAAAUAUCUAGCCAGGUAGAAGAACCACCUCUGGCGGUAGACGCCAGUAACCAAACUGAUAGUCCAAUCUGCAGCGAAGAUGACAAUACUUUACACACUCUUCCGGAAGUCAACAUAGAGUCAGCUCAUGCUUCUAAUGAGUACCAAGAAGAAGAAACCGAGAAAGAAGACCCCCAAAUGAAUAAUACACCUGAUGAGGUCGAACAAUUUCCUGCACCAACCGAAGUACAAACAGAAUUCGAGGAAAAUAACGAACCGGUAAAUCUUGUGGUAGCUCAUGUUGAGAAAGAACAGCCGAAGAUUGAGGAACAGGUGGAACCUGAGGUAGAAAGUGUUAAACCAGAUCUGAGCGGUUUGGAGCUGUUGUCCAACAGCAUCGUAGAAUUCGAAUCUUGUCGAAGCUCUAUCAAAUCAGAGAUAAGAUCCAGUAUUGAUGAACCAGAACCCAAGGAGUUUCUUCAAAACGAAGAACCCAAGGAAGUUGGUCAGAGUGUAACUCAACACAAGCCAACUGAGGAUAGCUUGGUAGGUCUCGAUCUACUAUGCGCUCUAGCGGAACAAAGAAUUCUAGAGGAGUCUUCAGAAUUAGGCGAAGCGAACGCAAAAACAUCCAGGAAAGAGAAGAGAAAGUCCAGAAGGCAUUCAGAUGAACCAAGGCACAAGAAACGUAAAAGUGAUAAGUACAGUGAUGAGGAACGUAGAUUUAAGGUAGAUGUAGGUUUGAAGAAGAGUAAAUUGAAAAGGUCGGCUAGUGAAAGCAAAUCAUGUGAUAAUGAGGGUGAUUUUAAGUGUAGGUGUCGUUUGGAAAAUUACAAAUCUUGCCAUGACCCCAAAACGGAGGAAGUUGUGGCUAAAUAUAUCGCGAGUAAGAAUCAAAAUGGCUGUUGUAAGGCAGAUUGGCCUUGUAUGAACGCGUUAGAACUGGACAUGAGGAUCAGAUUGGCGGAUCUGCAGAGGAAAUUCAAGGAGAAACAGAAGGAGUUGAAGAAGUUGGGCAACAAGAAGCACCGACAUCAUUCGAAGAAGAGGUCGAGGAAGAAGUCUUCUUAUUCUGACAGAACUGAGACGCCGCCACCUCAGCUGGAUCCUGUUGAAACCACGCCAGAUCCUGCUGAAGUCAAGGGGUCGCUUCUGCUGAAACCCCCUACUCUUUGCGUAGCUGAGAGUGUCAAACCAACGAAACUGUCAGUCUUGAAAAAAACGAAAACCGAAAAUGAAAGCACAGAGACCGAAAAUUAUACUUGGUGUAUCGAAGAAAAGUCGAAAAGUAUCAAGAGGAAAAGCUCUGUGGAGGGUAGACGGGAUUCCCAUGACAAAGAGAGAAAAUCAUCGUCGAAGAAAAGAAAAGUUGGAAGGCCGAAAAGGAUAUCAGAGCACUACAUCCCAACUGAAACUAUAGUAGCUAAGAAACCGAAAACCUGCAACUUUGUAGGGUACCUGAUGGCCGCAAAGGAAAAAUUACAAAUGAGACUAUCGUUUUCUGAUAGCCCACCACGAUUCAUCGACGAAUCCAGUGUUUUCGUCGAGACAAAGAACAAAAACAACAACAAUAUACUCGUCAGAGAAUCAGCCAAAAAGACAAAUCCAGAAAUGGACAAAACAUUUGAAGACGAAUCCGCUUGGGAAACGGACAUGGAGAAAGAAGAACCAGACGCGAAAUUGACCAAGAAGGAGGAAGAUGAACCAGUGGUUGUAAAAACGGAGGUGCCAGAAGAGGAAGAACCUGCAGAAGAAGACCCGCACAUUUGUACGCUGACGCCAGAACACCUGGAGAUGGAGAACCUUAGGGUGCUGACAGCGAUGGGUGGACUGUUCUACGCUGGCAGAAUGCAUGCUGUUCAACCUCCAGAUGUGUAUUCCAUAACUCUGGAUGGGGAGAGGGGAAACAGACCGCAUAUCAUGUCGAGGGAAGAAAUUCUUAGGGAUGCUAUCGUAGAAAUCGCCCCGAAAAGCACAGAGGAACUUAGACCUGGAACCCGCCUGUGCGCAUAUUGGAGUCAGCAGUACAGGUGUCUAUAUCCGGGCAGCGUGGCUGAACCGGAAACACCAAACCAGGAACUGGAUCCCAAGUUCGUGUCCGUGGAAUUCGACGAUGGGGACAACGGUACAAUAUCUCUGGAAGACAUACGAUUGCUUCCUUUGAACCACCCUUAUAUGGAUUACGACCCUAAUCCACUUCUAAGUCUCAGCAGAAGAAGGCGCAGGACCUCUUCAAGCAACGCCAACGCUGCCGUUGACAGGCGACAGCCAGAUAGAACAGCUUCCUGUGAAAGAGUCGAAAGUGUGAAUCCAGUCCUCGUGAAUCUUGGAGAAGCUUCAGCAGAAAACCACAAGGAACGCAAACGCCUCAAGAAGAAGAAGAAAGAGAAGAAAAGGAGGAAGCAUAGGUACGAGGGCGAAGAAAACUUCAAAAAACACCAUAAGAAGCAUAAGAAACACAAGAAGCACCAUCAUGACAAGGAGAAUAUCAGUUCGAGUUCGGUGGACGAGAAGGAUCAAUCGACAGCAUCAUCUUCAGAUGGUGGGGAAAAUGGAAAUGGAGUGGAAAUGCUCUACAGGAUAGAAGAAAAUAAAUUGGUUGAAGAACCAAUUGAAGUACCGCAGAUUUAUGAGGUUGUAAAGGCCGAGCCUAAUGAAAACGAAGAAGUCAGCGUUGAGGAUGCUCAAACUGAAGAUGAUGAUGAUGAUGAUGACGAUGACUAUGUACCAAAUCCUGAAGACGAAGUUACUAUUGAUGACGUUCAGGAAUCUCCACCGAUUAAGAAAAUAAGAAAUCGUCAAGCAUCUUGUGAGAGCAGCAAGAGUGUAAUGAGCGCCUUUUUGCCUGAAAAACAGAUGUGGAGUUGGUCGGGUAAGGAAACCAAACGAGUGCGGGGCAAAGGAAGAAAAAUAAAAUAUUUCUAUGGUGCCAUCCAGAGAGGAAAGGAGAAAAUUUCGCUUAGAGACACUGCAGUAUUCUGUUCUACGAGUAAACCAGAGAGGCCAUACAUAGGUCAAAUAACCUCUUUGUAUGAAAAAAUUGGUGGAAACAAAUAUGUCAAGGUGAAAUGGUUCUACCACCCCGAAGAAACUGAGGACAAUCCUUCACUUCAUUAUACGGGAGGUGUUUUCGAAUCCUCACACUUCGAUGAAAACGACGUUCAAACUAUUUCCCACAAAUGCCAGGUGGUACCAUUGGCAAAUUAUCUGGAAAUCCUGAAAGAUAAUCCUGAAUUGAUCAAUGAAAGCAGUUUAUACUACUUAGCAGGACAGUACGAAGCUAAAGAGAAAAAACUCAAACUCUUCCCUGAGAUACCAGUCAACAAUGCAAAUUAAACUACAGCAAUAAUUGGAAAUUAUUCCCAGGUUUAAUGUUACUGUAUAUAGUAAUAGUGAUUUUUGGUGCUAUAUUAUAUCAUUAUUGAUGGAUGGUAGAUAUAGUUUCGUCGUUGUCUAUUAUCAUUCAAGUGUUUUAUUUUUAUCUUUUUAUCACGUGAAUGACGGACUUUUUAUAACUUUGUGUUGUAUAUGUGUAUGUAGAUGUAGGUUGUCGAUAUAAUACGCUUUAUUCAGCUGGCAGUAUCUCUGAGAAUGGUUUGUUAAUAAUUGUUAACUUGAAACAGUUUCGUCAUAUUUAAUGGGUUUGGCCUUACCCGAUAGAUAUUCAUUAUCAGAUGAAGUAAAACAAAAUUACUAAUAAUUGUGGAUUUUAAUUUUGUUCGAUUUCAUUUAAUUUCAUCCUAAUUUUCUAUCUUCAGUGAAUGUAAUUUCUAUUCUACAGGAUUUUGAAAUUUUGUUCAUAUUCAUAUUAGGUUCAUCGCUACUUUCAUUGAGUAACAGAGGGAUGAACUUUUUAAGCAUUGAAGAAAAUAAUGUUAUUCAAAUUUCUGUUAGAUUUAUAUUCAGCCACCCCAUAUCAGCAUCAAUGAACAGAAAAUCGUUCCAAAUAGUAAUUUAGGUCUUAGACAAUAAAAAACUUGAAGAAAUAUGGGUUGAACGAACCUUUCUCAGAGAAUCACUGAAUUCCACGUAGCCUUCUUGAUGUCCUAAACUUCGACUUCCAUUGAAAAGCAAUAUGAUAUUUAUAUCAUCUUAUACACCAAAAUGUAAUAAUAUUGCAUUAUAUUGAGACCAUACUUCUUUCAUCUUUGACAAUCGGCUACGGAUAUCUACUGAACUGGUAUACAGAUUUAUUUAGAUGUUUAAUUAUGACAUUCAUUGUAUACGUGUUAUUUCCUUUUUAAAAAUGAUUUUUAAUUGAUUGUUGUAUAUAGUACUAACUGCACACUAUAAUAGAGAGAUAUUAUAUAUUUUCAUAGUUAUUACCAAUAAGAGUCAUCCAGGGCGGUUAUACAAAAUUUGAAACUUUGGAUCCACGUUUUUUAUGAAAUUUUAAAUGACAAAGGACUGUUUCUGGUGCCUACUCGAGUAACUAUACUGUAUGACUUGUAUUGGGCCUAGAUUUGUGGAUAAUAGUGGCUAGAAACCUCCCUUCUCAACGACAUAGGGUAUGGUCCGUAUAUCACCUUGGUUACUAUGGUUAUUAAGUUGGUGGUCCAUAUAUGUCAAAUUUCUCAAAAACCUCAAUUUUCCGUGAGUUAUUUGUCACCAGAGCAACCGUACUUUUAUUCUGGUUAGGAUCGGUAACCACGCCCAUUCCAGUUGGCAGUUCAAAAAUUGUGUUAUUUUAAUUACGAAACAAAUACCCUUCAGAGUCAUAAAGAACUAUUAGUUAUUCAGAAAUUAAAAGAGAUCAACCAUUUAUAACCUCCAAAAUUCUGUCAAUGAAAAAUUUAGUUGACAAUUGACAAGUGUCAAACAGUCCGUAAAUACGAAGCAGGUUACCUUAAACAUUGAAAACCACUAGUAACCUCUUUGAAAUUCUCGGCGAUUUACGGACCAUACCCAUAGUAUGAUAUACCUUAUAUAUUUAUCAUAAUCUUAUAAUAUGUGCAAUGUACCUUAUCUUGUUCCAAGAAAAGUACUUUAGUAUACGCAAGAAGUUUUACCAUAUCGCUUUUUUGUAUCGUCACAUUUAGAUCUUCCAACUAAAUGUUGAUAAUUCUGCUUACAAGAAGUAUAAUAAUGGUGGAGUAUAUCAGUGUCUACUAUUAUCCAAAUAUAAUUGAUGUUAUACAUAUAGCUUUAUGCGGAAUCGUAUUUUUUAUUCCGCAUCAUUGUGCUUCUAAUAUACGAUUAGUACUUUAAGAUUUGUUGCUUGAUUAAUCAGUGUUUAUCAUAACCAUGAGUCCUUCAGAAGUACAUUAAAUGAAAGAAUGAAUCAUUGUUUGUUCAACAAUUGAACGCAAUGGUGUAUGUUGUUUCUUACUUUUAGAAUAAAAUUGAAUAGCAAGUUAUUUGCUUUUUAUUUUUUUAAUAUAGACGAGAGACCAAACUUUACUUCAUAUAUAUCAUGUAAAUAUUAUAUUGAUAAUAAAAAUUUAUUUCCAGCAUCAAUUAUUGAUUCACUUUAGAACUCAAGAUGAGUUCCUAUGAAAUAUUAUUGUAUAAAUGGUCCAUUUUCUCUACUUCCCAAAUAAACCAUUAUAAUUCUCCAUAAAAAUGUUACUAUAAGGCCUUAAACCGAUUUGGAAAUAAUUCAUGCUUUUUAUAUAAUCAGAUGUUGUAUAUGUAGAAUCAGUAUUAAGUGUGAUUUUCUAUUGUUAGGGGUGUAUUGUGAGAACUUGUAUAUACAUUUCUAUUGAAAAAAAUCUAUUUUAGAUAUAUAAAAAGCAAUAUUUUUGGAAAUUUUUCGAUUCGAAUAAUAUGGGGCUGAGCAUUGCUUUGAUUAUAUUUCGAAUAUGAAUUUGUAUAUGAAAAGGGAUCACCUUAUGCCUGAAUACAUCCUACCAAUAUUGAUUCUCAACAAGUAUUAAAUAAAAUGAGUCAGCA